AUGUCCGCAGUCAGUGGAUACGACUAUCCGGGCUAUGAAAAGCUCGGAAAUGUUUUCAAUAUCUCAGCCGCCGUGUCAAUUCCUGCCGAUGCUCGUAUUGUCGCCACCUCUGGCCAAAUUGCCGAUAACCACGACCCUUUGUGGGGAACCCAUGCUGAGCAAUUCGAAAAGUCAAUGAUCAAUAUCGAGAGGUCAUUGGCCGUGGCAUCUCCUCACAUUACCGAUUCAAGACAACUGUGGGAGGGGAUCUUCAAUAUCACGUCAUUCCACGUUGGCGUUUUGACGAAGGAAGAACAGUUGCAGAUCGCCGCGAUUGCCAGACGAUACUUGGGGAAAAACAAGCCGGCAUGGGCAGCUAUCUGCGUCAAUGCACUCUUUCCACCAGAGGCAUUGGUGGAGAUUCAGGUCCAGGCGGCAUAUCGGGAUGGAAAAUAA